GCGGGCGCGCCCCGCAGCCCGGGCCCAGGUCCGGAGCGCUCGCGCCGACGCUUCCGGGGCUUCCGCUACCCCGAGGCCGAGGGGCCCCGCGAGGCGCUGCGCCGGCUCCGCGAGCUGUGCGGCCAGUGGCUGCGGCCCGAGACGCACAGCAAGGAGCAGAUCCUGGAGCUGCUGGUGCUGGAGCAGUUCCUGACCAUCCUGCCCGCGGAGCUCCAGGCCCGGGUGCAGGAGCAGCACCCGGAGAGCGGGGACGAGGUGGUGGUACUCCUGGAGCACUUGCAGAGGCAGCUGGAGGCGCCGGCGCCGCAGGUCCCAGGCGGUGACCAGAGCCGAGAGCUCAUCUGUUGCAAGAUGGCAGUGUUGACACCUUUCCGCAGAUCACAGAGUGCCCAGUUCCAGCCAGUGAGGGCUCUGCUCAAGCAUGAAUCUCUGGCAUCACGGGCCUUAUCAGACACAGUUCUCCAGGGUCCUGGGCUUGCCCGGGGAGGGCGCUGCAGAGGAGACCCAGCGGUGGCGGCCAGGCUGCCCCCAGAGCCCCAGGGCCUGCUGACAACGGAAGACGUGGCGCCCUUGCUCUCCGCUGGCUGGACGCCGCCGGACGUGUCUCGGGGGAGCGUGUGCGGGGGUGAAGGCCAGAACCGCGGCAGCCCGACCUCCCCGGGUGGUGAAAUACAGGCUGAGAUCCGGGCCCUGCCUGCAGACGAGGACCAGCCAGUACAAGAGCCCAGGCAAAUACCAUGCCCCUUGCGUGAGGAUAUGGCCCAGAUUCCCACAGGCUCAGAUGCUGGAGAACAGGAGGGCAGGUUCCCAGGAAAGCAGGAAGCUGCCCCAGGGAGUAGGCGGCACUACUGUCAUGAAUGCGGAAAGAGUUUUGCUCAGAGUUCAGGCCUGAGCAAGCACAGGAGAAUCCACACGGGAGAGAAACCCUAUGAAUGUGAAGACUGUGGCAAGACCUUCAUUGGGAGCUCUGCCCUCGUCAUCCAUCAGAGAGUCCACACUGGGGAGAAGCCCUAUGAGUGUGAGGAAUGUGGCAAGGUGUUCAGUCACAGCUCAAACCUCAUCAAACACCAGAGGACGCACACUGGGGAGAAGCCCUACGAGUGUGAGGAGUGUGGGAAAACCUUCAGCCAGAGCUGCAGCCUCCUUGAACAUCAUAAAAUCCACACGGGGGAGAAGCCAUUCCAAUGCGCCAUGUGUGGCAAAGCUUUUCGGCGGAAUUCACAUCUCCUGAGACACCAGAGGGUCCACGGUGAUAGAAAUAUGCAGGAUCCUGAACGUGCAGAGACCUGGGAGGGUCGGGGGAGGGUGGAAGGCCAGUGGGAAAAUGUUGAGGCUCCCGUGUCUUACAAAUGUAACGCGUGUGAGCGGAGUUUCACUCGGAACAGAAGCCUUAUCGAACAUCAGAAAGUCCACACCGGUGAGAAACCCUGUCAGUGUGACACAUGUGGAAAAGGCUUCACCCGAACUUCCUACCUUGUUCAACACCGGAGGAGCCAUGUCGGAAAGAAAGUUCUAGCACAGUGACACACAUCAUACGUGCCCAAGUUGUUCAUUCCUCACGGAACUGGGCUGGGGCUUUACUGACCACUAUGCACCAUCUUGUGUUAGCAGACGGAGUCUGCAUUCUCUUCUACAUUCUAGAAUGUGGGUGGGAAACGGCUUGUUUGAGAGGAGGCUCUGGGAGAGUGGUCUGGAAGCGGCAGGACCUGAAAAUGAUUGUUCUUACCUGCUGGACUGAAACGGGCUUCCGGACUGGCUAGCCACUUCAGCCAGCACUUGAUGAUGUCUCCCGGGCAGAUGGGUCUUAUUGGGGGCUGCUGCUCUGACCAUUUUGCCUGUAAUGAAUCUUUCACCAGUUGGUCAGAUCUGUGACAUAUUAAACUCCACUGUGCCUUGUGCAUUGGUGCUAUAAAUGUUUAUUUACUACACCAGUGGGGUGACUUCCAUAGCUCUGAAAAUCUGAUGUAGUCUAGAUUUCUGAGGAUUUUCUAAGGAUAUUUGUGUUUGUUAAUCUUGCUAAUUCUCUGAAGCUCCAGAUUCUGGGUCAAUCUAAUGUAUUUAUUGCCACGUACAUAGGGUUGUCGGAUUUGGGGGUAGGGGAAUCCAUACGUCUUCACCAGCAUAGUAGUUGAAAGAAUGCCUAAGCGGCUUCUAAUUGAGAUUUGUGAGAUUGCUCUAGCCAUAUAACUCCAUUCCUCUGUCCAUAGCAAUUAUAUUUGUUCACAUUAAUUUUGCUCCUUUUAGGGGGAAAGCCUUUCAUGUUCAGGUAAAUAAAAAAUGAAUUGAUCAAGACAGA